UUCUACGGUAAAACAUGGCGCCGCGCAGCUAAGCUUGGUGAGGUAAUGAAGCACCGAGACGAACACUGAGAGCUUUUCUCCUGCUUUUUCAUUCUCAAAGUUUCAAAAUAUUUCCUCGGCGAGGCAGCAGCUCCCCGUGGAGCUAAGGCACAGCGAGGGGGGAGUUUCACACCACGAUGGCCACGCAGGGAGGCAUCGCGUUCCAGGAGAAGGUCAGCAGACUGCUCCGCGGACAGAACGGAAAACCAGUGCUCAAACCCAACAGGGCUCUGGUUCUGAAAGACGCGGUAGCGAACCGAAAGCCCAAGAAAGGGGAGGCCUCUUGUAUCACUGAAAUGUCAGUCCUGAUGGCCUGUUGGAAGCAGAACAACUUUGUGGACACUCUGUGCUCUAAUGAGAUUAACAGCUUUUACAUGUGUGUGGAAAAGGCUCAGGCUGAUGCGAAGAAUAAAGCUGCACAGAGCAACAUCCAGGGAGGACGUCUGCCACCAAAACAAGCCACGGCGCUUCUGAAGAGAUAUCCCAACCUGUGCAAAGAGAUCUGAUGCACAAACACUUUAAUGCUCUUCUUGUACAGAUUUGGACUGGGACGCUCUCGGAGAUGAAUUUGGAUGAUGUCAGGGUGUGUCGAGCUGCCAGCUGCCAAAUAAAUAAUGAAAUAAAUCAAAUGAGUGGAAUAUUGAAAAGGGUGAUUGUUGCUUUUACCCUUCACUGUAAGGUUCUUUCACACCUCUGUUAGUGUGUAACAUGCACUUGUGUUCUUAAAAUAUAAAGGAACUGUUUCAUGUCCUGAAUUGAAA